GUUUGUCUGAUAAUAAUGCGAAAGUUCAUGAAUGUAUCCCUGAUUUUCUUUAAAUAUUUUGUUUGUUUAGAAUCUCAGAACGUGCAGGUGGACGUGGACGGGAAGAAGGUUCGUCCCAACCACACCCGCUGCACUGUCAUCCUUAGGGAGAUGCCGGAGAACACUCCAGUUGAGGAAAUUAAGGCUCUCUUCUCGGAUCCAAACUGUCCUAAAUUUGUCGACUGCGAGAUGACAAUUAACUCCAUGUGCUACGUCACCUUCGACAGCGACGAGGACGCGCAGAAGGCGUACAGGUUCCUGAGGGAAGAAGUGCGCACUUACAAGGGGAAUCCCAUCAUGGCGCGCAUUAAGUCCAAGCCGAUGAACCGAACCACGACGUUCAACAAGGGAUCUCCCAACGGACUUAGGCAGCCAACCACAGCGGUCACUUCACCAGGACAGUCCGCCUCCCUGGCACCAGUCACUCCGCCGUCAGUGACUCCGGCGGCUACGCCGACGAACCUGCCACCACCUACUCCUGGUGCCCCACCUCAGCUGAGUUACCCAACCCCUAUUGUACUCUCUCCGCAAGGAACACUGCCAGUACAGCAGUCCGUGGUAGCUCCUGGAAGUAGUAUGGGACAGAGCAUAAUGUUAACUACAGUAACCCCUAGCUCAGCUGCCCCACCUGCUUCAAGUCUAGCUCCGGCACCUGGAGCUCAGCCUUCCUCCGGCAAUCAAUAUGUGCCAAACACAUAUAUUUUUCUUCAAACAUCUCAGCCUAACAUUCAGCCAUACUUUCCCGGCGGUGCCGGUUUACUCCAGGCUGCACCCGCCUGGACUGGUGGCGCCCCCGCCAAUCCGCCAUAUUUUAAUAUAGCAGGAAUGAUUCCUGAUACAGGAUUCUUCCAGAACCAAGGAUUUAAACAGUCUUCCAACCGAGGUCAUAAUAAUCAGUAUAAGAACCGCCGAGGCGGCGGUAGAGGCACGGGACGGGAUAACGAGCCCCGAAACAACAACCAAAAUACAUACACCACACCCUACGGUCAGAAUAACUACCAUUCCCAGCCCCCGUUCAACAACCAUAACAACGGGUUCCAGCCAAGAAACAGUAACAGCAGUAGGUCGCACAACUGGGAGACUUCAAGCCAACAUUCUAACUCCAGCCAGGGGAAGAAGUACAGCACUGGAUCAGUGCCAGAAGCUCCUGUUGCGGUGUCUCAGCCCGCCCCCGCCAACAGAGUGUCACACCCACCAGUGGCCACAACUACACAGUAUCAGGCUAACCACCAAGCUGCGCCACGCCCCCAGCCUCCGCCCAAGGAGGUGGAGCAGAACCAAUAUUAUCCAAACCAAUAUCCAGCUCCUCGGACUCCUGUAGAAACCCUUCAACCCAAAGACUUCUCAAGACGAGGAGGGGGUAAGGGACGGGAAGGAGCACCAAGAGGCGGUUUAAGUGGUCGCGGCCGUAGCAACGAAGAUUUCAUUCCAAGUGGGCGGGGAGGAGGAAUGAUGGGGGGACCUCCCCGUGGUCAGAAUUUUCCUCCAAGGAACGCUGCACAACAGGAUCCUGCUCCUGUUCCUGUUCGUAACGAAGUUAAACCUCCAGAGUUUAAUAUGGAGACUAAUGAUUUCCCUGCUCUACCUGGAAGUCGGGAACCAGGGGGUGCACCGCGACGGGUAGAUGAGGACAGACCCUUCAUUGAGGUGGUGAAGGGGACUGCCAAGGUUAGGUUGGAGGACGGAGAGGAGGCCGGGAGUGAUGAUGAAGACGUGGAAUCUGUUCCAAAUCAUCAACAACCCCCUCAGGAGGAUUCUAGUCAAAAGCAGCCCGUAGCAAGGGUUGGUGAGCGGAGUAAAAGUUGUAGUAUAAGUGAUCCUUUGCCCGGGGUUGAACCAGAAGUAAAGGAACCGGAAGUAAAGGAACCGGAACCUCUUCUCAACGGAGAAAUUAAACCUGGAAAGACACCUGUGGUUUCUAUUAAUAACGUUGCUGCAGAGAGAGAUGGAGCCAUAUCACCUAAAACUACACUGGAAAGUCAUAAUAAGAUCACGUAUGCUCAGAAGCUCAAGAUGGCCAAGAUGGCUAGGGAGGCAGCAGAAGCAGAAAAAGGAAAAGCAGGACUGGAGGAGAGGAAGAAGAACUCCUUGAGUAUCUCCGAGGAUAAGGAGCUUGCCUCCAAGGACGGGAAAAAUCCUGUGACGGAGCUCAAGAAACCUGAUACUCAGUCUAAACACGAACCAGUUCCUAAUCCUAAACUCGAGACUGGUGCUCCUAAACAUGACGGAGCUACUGCUCACAAACCCGACUCCUCGGUACACAAGACUGAGGGGCAUAAGCAAGAUGCUCACUUUAAGCAUGACGGUCAUAAAUUCGACGGACACGGCAAGCAUGACAAGCAUCGUGUAGGUAAAACCCUUAGUUCUGGAGGGGGCAAAGAUUCACGUGGCCCCCCCAGACAAGGUGGAAGGAAGGUUGAAAGGACGGAUAGUUCAAAUGCUCCGAAUACCAAGUGACAUAGGUUUAGAAAUAACGAGUGACUCCUAGUGAAUAAUUGCGAGGAAAGGUACACCAAGAGACCUUAAACCUUGUCCUUAGUAUCCCUAAGUGCUAUAUUAUGCAAGAGAUUAAAUAAACUACAUCAUUCUAUAUUAAUAUGCAAACUGUGUGUAUCGAGCGACUCUUUGAGUCUCAGUGAAAAUCCAGUAACCCUCGCUUAGUGGAAUUACAUAUCCUUCAUGCAAUCCCAAUUUCACCCAACAGAUGGUGAACGGGGAUAUGGCUGUUCUACUUCUAGAUAUAUUUAUAAGAAAAUUCUGCAUAACCUUUAGUAAGGAAAAAGAGCUGUGAAUAUUAAUAAAUUAUCGACGAAAUCCUUUAAUCCAAGCGACACAACCCUAGUCACGUCUAUUAGUCGGUUCACGGGUCGACUAAACCUUCUGGUUCCUAUCUUCUACUAGUCCUUGGGUCUUAUCCCAGGAGCCUGGUACCAGUAGAACCCUGUACCUGGAUAAAGUUUCUCCUACAUGUUCCUUAACCUAGAGAAAUCGGGGGUUUUGAAUCUGUAGAAAUCAAGAUUUUCUUAACCUGGAGAAAUUAAGGUUUUCUGAAUCUGGAGAAAUCAAGAUUUUCUAAACCUGGAGAAAUCAAGGUUUUCUGAACCUGGAGAAAUCAAGGUUUUCUAAACCUGGAGAAAUCAAGGUUUUCUAAACCUGCAGAAAUCGAGGUUUUCAGAACCUGUAGAACCAGAUGUGGCUCUGCAGCCCUAGCCCCUUGUCCACAGGACUGGUGAAUCCACUGACAGUUGUUGCGGAAUGAGUUUUCUCUUUCGACUUGAGUUCUGAAGUACAGCUUCCAACAGAGGAGAACUGGUGUCUGUUAUUGCUGAAUUAGAUUUCAAAUUUGAAAAAAAAAAAUUGGUCGGUUUUUGACGACCCUCUGGUCCCGACCUGAAGUAAUAAAUCGAGCUUAAAUCAACUGGACCUCCGAAACUCAAGGAAAUGAGACAGAAAACUCACUCAGUUUCCCCCAUUAGAUGAAGAUACGGGAUUCUACUAUUCCCCCUCACAUCUUCAUGGGAAGACUCCCGCCAUGUCAAUGGGGGAAACUUCCCGUCAUGUCAGUUUUGUAAACUUCCCGCCCCGCCACUUCUGUGGGGAAAAUUUAAAUGUGAUAUUCGCCUGACCCCGGACUUAUUUAAGGCGGAUGGUCGGGUUAGCGUGGUGUCCGCCACACAGUGGACCAAGUGCCUCAAAUGUUAAAAUAUGAUCCUGUUCAGAUCCCUGCUCCGUCGUUCAAUCCAAUCCUAGAUGUUUAAGCAUCCAACAGACCAGAGGGGAUUCAAACAUGAUUUAACAAUAUCAGCCAUCUUAUACUUUAAUCUGGAAAAAUUCUAUUAAUUGUUAUUUGAAGCCCCCCCCCCCCGCCCCUCCAUCUUUUGGUCUACAGGAUGAACCAACUGAUCUCAUGCUUAAGCUCAUCAAGGUGCUCAUUGAUAAAGACGACAGUGUCCGGGACGGGUUGGAUGAGCGCAGGGCUGAACCAGGAUCAAAGAUAAACGGAUCCAACCAACGAUCAGUGGUUGAACAUGUCUCCGACCUUAUAUCCGUUCUAGGCAAACGACAAAAUUUUGAAAAUAUUUCGAAACUACGAAAAUCGCGCGAAUGUUUAGGCUUUCGGUAUUUGGAUAAUAACGUUCUAAGUUAUAGUUUAAACCACCAUUACCCGGCAAUUUUUAAGUUAUGAAACUUUUUAUGGAAAAUUCGAAAUUGUUCUCUCUAUUUAUUUUUGCUUCAAAACAAUUUAAUAAAUUUAUGUUCAUAUCAUGUUAAACCCGUUAGUUUUCAAAUGUGCUAACAAUCACAAGCUAUUAAGGUCACCUAAACAAAUUUGCAUAAUUUCGAUUACUUUAAAGAGGAAAAACUUGAAAAACUAUCUGAUCUCAGAAUUUGAAAAUUAGCGGGAAAAUUAAUUUGUGAACAGCUAAUAUUCGGCCCCGUAAAUAAAUUUGAUUUAACCAAUAA